CUGAGACAGUUCCUAAUAUUUUUCUUUGAGCACUUCUCUUUUAAGUGUUUUAAUAUCUACAACAUAAAUAUUUUCCACACACUAAGAGCAAAAAAAAACUUGACAAAAACUGACAAAUCAAAUAUCACUAACAGACACUUGUCCUAUUUGCAGCAAACGCAUGACCUCAUCAGCACGCGCCUUGUAUUUACUUCAGCUCCAGUUAGCCGGCUGGUUAGCAGGUUAGCAGCAGUUAGCUCCGCUGCGAUGGAGGUAAACAGGGACGAAGCGGAGCGCUGCAUCGACAUCGCUACUGCGGCGUUAACCAACGAGCAGCCGGACAAAGCGCAGAGGUUCCUGGAGAAGGCGCAGAGACUCUUCCCGACGGAGAAAGCGAGAGUGCUGCUGGAGCUGAUAGCAAAGAAUGGAUUUACACCGAGACAAGGCGGCCACUUCGGUGGGGUCUCUGGACCUCGACAGCGGCAGAACAACAGCGAAGACACCAGACCUGAAGAUAAGCCUUCAGAUACCCCAAAAUCCUACUCAGCAGACCAGCUAGAGGCUGUGAGGAGGAUAAAACAAUGUAAAGACUACUAUGAAAUUCUCGGGGUCCAGGCAGACGCCCCUGAGGACGAACUCAAAAGAUCUUAUAGGAAACUUGCUUUGAAAUUCCAUCCAGACAAGAAUCACGCUCCAGGUGCUACAGAGGCGUUUAAAGCUAUUGGGAACGCGUAUGCUGUUCUGAGUAAUGCCAACAAAAGACAACAGUAUGAUCAAUGCGGAGAAGAGAGGAGGCAUCCGUCGAGUCAGGGCCCAGAAAAUGAAAACUUCGAGCCAGAUAUUUCACCUGAAGACCUCUUUAACAUGUUCUUUGGAGGAGGAUACCCGUCAAGUAAUGCUAAUGUGUACACUAACGGGCGGAUGCGUUACCAAAGGCCACAGAGAAGAGAGCAACAGCGGGAUGGAGGCCUUGCUCUCUUCGUGCAGGUCAUGCCCAUCCUCAUCCUGGUUAUCGUGUCGGCCCUCAGUCAGAUCAUGGUCAACAACCCGGCCUACAGCCUCAGCUUCAGGCCGUCAGCAGGUUACACACAGAAGAGGCUGACACAGAACCUGAAGGUGCCGUAUUAUGUGGGGGAGCAGUUCUCUAGGGAGUUCAGCGGACUGAAUCUGAAGAACUUGGAGCGGACGGUGGAGGACGAUUAUAUUUCCAACCUUCGUAACAAUUGCUGGAAGGAGAAACAACAGAAGGAAGGCAUGCUUUACAGAGCUCGCUAUUUCGGAGACAAUGAUCUGUACCAAAGAGCACAGAGGGCUCGCACGCCGAGCUGCGCCAAGCUGUCCGAGAUCACAGCUUCGUUACACGAUUGAUGCUGCUUUCAUCAUUAAAAGUUUCCAGAAUCAACACAAAAGAUUAUUGGCUGUACAUAGACGCUUUAACAAUCUGGAGACUGAAGAUGACUCAACAAAGCAACACGAACAAACCAGCACCAAUCUGCAUCAAAUUGACCACACAAACUGGUUGAAGCCAUUUCUGUGGAAUUUUAGUAAGGGAAAUUAAAAUAUAGUGUUAAUAUAAUGUUUUGAAAUUUAAAAAAAAAAAAACUUAAAGGUGCAGUGUGUAGGAUUUGGCGGCAUCUAGCGGUGAGGUUGCAGAUUGCAACCAACUGAAAUUUCUCCCAUGUGCCAAACGAGAUAUAUGGUGGCUGACGCAAAAAAAACGUGUUUGUAGGUAUAAACGGUUCAUUCUAAGGCAAUGAAAACGCAACGAUUUUUAUUUUCAGAUGAUUUACACUAAAGAAAAACAUACUUAUUAAUGUAAUAUUACAAUUUCUGCCAAUAGAUCCCCCUAAAUGCUACACAAUGUUGCUUUAGAUAGCUUUUCCUCCUGACAAGAUAGGCGUUUGGAAACCCUCCAAAUCCCCAGCUUUGAAUGGGAGCCAUGGAGCUGGCAGAGGUCACUUCGUGGAUUUUGCAAGAAUGCGGUAUGAAACCAGAGCAUAGUGAGGUUAGAUAUAGUCGUACGAAUGAUAUUUAUGUAGCAGUUUAUUAGAUACCACACUGAAUGCUUCCUCUUUCAUUUUACACAGUCAAAUCAGCGAAAGGAGACGAGUUUGCUGAUUUGGCUUCAAAUGCACAUUCUGAAACUAUGCAGGAAUAAUGUGAAACCUCUGAUGAAUAUACACUCAUGUCUUGGGUUUGUCAGACACUUUAAAACCUGAGAUUUGUCUUCUUCUGCUGUGUGUAUGUGAGAUAAAAAAUAGGAAAUGUCCCUUUACACUUUGCCUCUUUUAAUUGUAUUAAGUAUAGAAUUAUAUGCGGGCACAAUACAAUAUAAGCCAAGAGAAUGAGAGAUGUGCCUACCCAGAAAAGACUUUAACAAGUUCUAGUUUGUCUCUGAUGAACAUCAUGUGUUGGGGGGGAAAAAAGCAAUUUUUGUCACCUUUUAUGUUUAUAGUAUGCUAUUUAUGUUUUGUAUUAUUUAUUUAAAAUAAGGGUACAGAUGUUGCUCACCUUUUCCACCAUGUUUUUACUCCCGGAUGACAAUAAAAUAUGGAUGCUUAAAAAAAA